GGCUCCAGCUGAAAUAUUUAGUUGGUUAAGUUUAUGGGGGCGCAACUGUUUGGCAGGUGGCGCAUGGUCCAACAUGGGCCGUGAGGCGGCAAAAGGGGCCGUCCUUUUGUCUUUGCUGACGAUCGCCUUUGCGGGCAAGAAAGUCUCGGUGAAGGAGGUGGUCUUUGAUAGCGCGGUGUCGGACAUCCAGUGGCUGGGGGAAGACCAGAAGACGGUGAUCACCCAGACCACCAAGGGGCGUCUAUAUCGCAGUACCAAUGGCGGCGAGACCUGGAAUGACAUCACGGACUUCUUCAAAGUUGACGUGCCGGGCUCCGCGCCGCAGCCGUUCACCGCCGAGUCCAUGACCAAGAGCCCGGUGGAUCCAAAUACCAUCCUGGUCUCUGGAAACAAGAAGACGAACUUCAUUUCCAGCACCAGGGGGUCUUCCUGGAAGAAGAUCCGACAGAAGUCUCAGAUCCACACGGUGCUUUUCCACAAGACGAAGCCCACCUGGCUACUGCUUUCCACCUGGACCAGCACCUGCAACAAGAAGAAAGACAGCAACGCCCCGGUGGAGCCUGCUGAAGACGGGGGCGGUCCCUGCAAUCACAUGCUCUACAUCUCCAAAGACCUGGGCAAAACCUUCACGUUGGUGCAGAAUUACGUGGUGCAGUUUAGCUGGGGCGACGUGGCUCUUGGCCAGCAGGACAGGAUCUACUUCACCCACUUUAGGAAGAAGACCGGAGACCAGCCGAAGCUGUACAUUUGGUCCAGCGACGUGGAUUUCGCGUACAUGGACCCGGACAGCAAGAGGCCUGUGACGAUGGUGAUGCUGGGCAACAAGUUUUUGGUCUCACACAAGUUCAUCUUCGUUGCCAAAGUGAAGGAUGUCGCUGCGCAGACGGUCAUGCUCAUGGUGAGCGCCGACGGCGGGCGAACCUUCAACGCAGCGCAGCUCCCCACGGAAAUCGACGAGAAGUCCUACACGGUGCUUGACACCUCCGAGGGUCAAGUGAUGCUCCACGUGAACCACGGCGCUAAAGAGAAUCAAGUUGGCAAUGUCUACGUGUCUGACGAGAAAGGCUAUAGAUUCGCGCUGUCGCUCCCCAACAACGUGAGGGGCACCAACGGCGACUGCGAGUUUGACAAGGUCUUGAGCCUAGAGGGCGUGUACAUGGCCAACUUCAAGGAGACGAAGAACGAUGGCACGUCUGGUGUGGACGACAAGACGAAGGAGGCCGCCGAGCAGGGCGAGGCGCUGGAGAGCGAGGCGGCGGCUGGAACCGAGGUGGACAAGCGCCGAGCGCCCAAGUCCAAAGCCAAAGAGGAGAGCGUGGUUCGCACGGUCAUCUCCUUUGACAAGGGCGGUGCUUGGUCCUACCUGAAGCCCCCGCGUGUGGACUCCACGGGCAAGCAGAUCGAUUGCCCGCCAGACAAGUGCUGGCUGCACCUGCAUGGAAUUACCAACUUCCACAACUACGCGCCGUUCUACUCAACAGACAAUGCGAUUGGCAUCAUCAUGGGCACUGGCAAUGUGGGGCCCUAUCUCCGAUUUGAGCCAGACCAGACGAACACCUACCUCUCUCGGAAUGGCGGCCUCACCUGGACCGAGGCACACAAAGGCGCCUUCAUCUACGAGUAUGGAGACCACGGGGGCUUGGUCGUCAUGGCCGAUGAUGUGCGAAAGACCAAGCUGGUGGUCUUCUCGUGGAACGAGGGCCAGAGCUGGUACGACUUUGAGCUGUCCAGCAUGCCGGUAGAGGUGGACAACAUCGUGACCGAGCCCAACGCCACCUCCACAAAGUUCCUACUCUACGGAACUCGAGGGGAUACGGGCGUCAUGUACCACCUGGACUUCGAGAGUCUGGGGCAGCCGCUCUGCAAGGGCGUGUGGGCGGCCGACUCAGUGUCUUCGGACUACGAGACCUGGAACCCCUCGGACGGCAAGAACACGGAGAAGUGCAUGCUUGGCAAGCAGGUCACAUACACCCGGCGAAAGCAAACCUCGGAGUGCUUCAACGGCGAGAAGUUCGAGCGGCCGGUGACUCGCAAGAACUGCGAGUGCACCCAAGAAGACUACGAGUGCGAGGUAGGCUUCACCCGUCCGGUUGGUGCAACUGACUGCAAGUAUGCGGACGAUGGCACCAUCAAGAUCCCUCUGAGCUGCUCGAGAAACGACCACUUCUGGGCUACGGGGCACCGGAAAGUGCCGGGCGACACCUGCGAGGGCGGGUGGGCGCCACAACAGGUGUCUGUCCCAUGCCCGGCCAAGCCCAUGAGCAAAGGUGCCUGGUCAGUCUUGGGCGCCAUGGGCAUGCUGGCGGCAGUGCUCUUCGCGGUAAACAUGCUGUCGAACAACGACCGGGUUAAGGGCAUUUUUGCCAACUACGGCUUCGAGAACUUCGGCAACGUGCGCUACGCCAACAUCGGCGCCAAAGCGCCCGAGUCAGCACUGGACAGCGUGGGCACCCGCUUCGAUGCGGACUUUAUUGAGGGUGACCAGGAUGACUUUGAUGCACCUCAGCUGAUGAGUUACAACGAUCGAGAGAGGGACCGAGACCGGGAUCGAGACAGAGACCGGGAUCGCGAUGACCGUGAUCGGAAAGAUAGAGACGAAGGGCGAAGGUCAGCAUUGGACACCGCCUCUGAGGCGGUUCCGAGGCUGGCGAAGCCCCCGGGCGGCUCUCGCCCGGAGGAUCCGGAGGAUCUUCUGUAGCGAUCCUCAUUUUGUCAACGACUGUCCCAGAAGGGUCUGGAUUGGCACGAUGGCUUCAACCUGAGUGCAGACAGGUCUCAGGCAGCUUCCAGACGCGACUUGCUUUCUGA